AUGACAACCUUGCAAGUCCCCGAUUGUGGAGGUUGGUUACGAGGAGUGACUGCGAUCAGUAUUCGAUAUGCGGCGGACGUGUUUGAAACCAUUGCCGGCAUCAUUAGGGGUUGUGGUGCAGGCAUAGCUGUUGAUCAGGAGAAAGUGUUACGUAGGACAGAGCAUUUGCCACCAAUGCCAAAUCAUGCCGAGUUGUUGGAUGUCGAUGCCGGUUUGCAAGGUCCAGCUCUCAAGAGGUCAGAGAUGGUCGAAAUAUUUCCACCCCUGGCGCUUGACGAUGGAGAAUUGGAAAUGGCUGCAGAGGGUGCACCGACACCGAUUCUUCCAACCUCUUCUAGGUCUUUCUGGAGGAUCCAACGCCUCGCCAUCCUUUACAUUCCGUAUAAAUGUAUCACUGUGAUCAACCAACUUCAUAUCUUGGAUCGCUUUCGCAUGCUCUUAUUUACUUCUGCACUUCUAGGAGAUGGCUCUGGUUUUGUCACCGUGGUUUGGGCGAGGGUGCGCCAGGCGUACCAGUUCACGCUUGAACCGACCUUCAUGUUCACCGACCUGGUUAUCGUCAAAGUUCCGCUGCAAAGACAGCCUUGUGCGCCAGUGAGUAGCCCUUGUUCUUCCCUGCACAACAACCUUCGUAUGCUGAGAUGGGAUGAGACAGCUGAGGCUCACACCUUCAAACUUCGCCUGCCAGGUAUGAAGAAGGAGGAGCUGAACAUCCAGAUAGAAGAUCGAACUCUCUACCUCAGUCACAACAGCGAGCCCAAAAUGGGUACCAAGGAGGGUGAAAGUUCGUCUGACUCGCAGUGCACGGAGAAGAAACCUGCAAGUUGCACCUUCAUGCGGACGUUCAAGUUGCCAGAGAACGCAGACCUGGAGCAGAUCAAAGCUAAUGUAACCAACGAGACGUUGACCAUUACCAUACCCAAGCUCACCAUGAAGUCACCGGAGGUUCGUAAGAUCAAUGUGAGAGAUGGAGAUGGUGUUGCCACUUCCUUAACUGCUGCAUCGGAGAAGAGCAAAGCCAAGGCUACGGAUGCAUCCGAGCCCACCUCGAAAUAGAUAUGCACAACCAGUUGCCACUUUUCAGUGCUGUUCAGUGAGGUCGAACCUUGAGGACUUCAAAAUAAGACUAGGGCAUGGGAGCAAUACAGUUAUUCAGUUGUGAAUUAUGGUAGCAUGGUAGUGUGGGUUUCAAUGCCGUGGGCUACCUGUCUGUGUUGCUAAUGAAACUUCGGUUUGUUUUCGGAACAUGUACCACAUACACCUAGUGUGGAUAAGAUGGGGUUCAUAUUGUUUUAUUUUUUAUUUAUUUAUUUUUGUUUCAGGGUAUGCUCUGAAGUGGAUUGAAAUAUAUCAAUAAAUCACAGAAUCAGAUGGUAUAAGGAUUUUACAAA